CCAGGACGAAUGAAAGCUGAAAAGGAAUGGACUUAUUGUUUGAUGCUCGCUAGAGCUAGAGGGAGGUUGCUGUUCAAGUCCUGUACAUGUGCGUCUUCCUUGCUUUAUCCUCUUGCGGCUUGCUGUGCCGAUCAAGCGCACGACUCACGUUGUCUGACAACCAAAAUAUCUCUGAGACUCGGAGACGUCUAUCCGACUCCAUCGCGUUGUCUUCUAUAGCACGUGUCUCGCAAAUCAUCUCAUAUCGAUACCUCAAUGACUCGAUCUACUACUUGUAUUCUCGAACAUGUUUUCUCGCGCGAAUCAGCCGUCAACUUUAGACUGCAUACUGGACUUCAGGAACCUGUCAAGCGCUAUC